AUGGACGAGUCUUCACUGCUGGACUUGCUGGAGUGUUCCGUGUGCUUGGAGAGGCUGGACACCACCGCCAAGGUGCUGCCCUGCCAGCACACCUUCUGCAAGCGCUGCUUGGAGAAGAUCGUCAGCUCCAGGAACGAACUGCGGUGUCCCGAGUGCAGGAUCCUGGUGGACUGCGGCGUGGAGGAGCUGCCUGCCAACAUCCUGCUGGUGAGGUUACUGGAUGGGAUUAAACAGAGACCGAGGAACGGGAGGUCAACCCCAACCCCUGGCCCCGGGUCACUAGCCUCGGGGAGUGCGGCAUGCCCGGCUCCUUCAUCCCUGGGGACAAGCCUGAAGGAUCACUCCACAACCGCUACCCGGAGUUCUCCAGGAAAGAGUGUUCCACAGUUACCUUGUGCUAAGGCCCUCUACAACUAUGAAGGGAAGGAACCUGGUGAUCUCAGAUUCUGCAAAGGUGACCUCAUCAUUCUACGACGUAAGGUGGAUGAGAACUGGUAUCAUGGCGAGCUUAAUGGUACCCAUGGCUUUUUCCCAGCUAGUUAUAUUCAAUGCAUCAAGCCACUUCCACAGCCGCCUCCUCAGGGCAAAGCACUUUAUGACUUUGAAGUAAAGGAUAAAGAGCAAGACAAGGACUGUUUGACUUUCUCAAAGGAUGAAAUUUUGACUGUCAUAAGGAGGGUGGAUGACAACUGGGCAGAAGGAAUGUUGGGAGAUAAGAUAGGAAUAUUUCCACUCUUGUACGUUGAGCUUAAUUCGACUGCAAAACAGCUGAUUGAGAUGGAUAAACAGUGCCUGCCAGUUGCACAGAAUAUUGAUGCAGCUCCAUCAGCUGCUACCAAUGCAGGAGCCAGCCCGGCACCUAGCUCUCCCAUAAAUAGCAGCGGGGCUGCCAGCGCAGUUCACAGACAUAUUGACGGCAAGAAAAAUGCCAAGAAACGGCAUUCCUUCACUUCGUUCAGCAUGUCACACAAGUCUUCCCAAGCCGUCAACAACAGGCACUCGAUGGAAAUCAGUGCACCAGUUCUCAUCAGUUCCAGUGACCCCAGAGCAGUUGCCAGAAUUGGGGAAGUACCACACCUAUCUUCUAGUGCACCUUCCCAGGCUUCAUCUCUUAAUGCUAACGCAGCUGCUGGUGCAGUGGGACCUAGACCAGGAGCUACCAUAGGGGAUCAGGGAACAGCAUCAAAGACACAACUACCACUCAAUAUAUAUAUGGCCAUGUAUGCCUACAAGCCACAGAAAGCAGAUGAGCUGGAGCUGCGGAAAGGAGAGAUGUAUCGUGUCAUUGAGAAAUGUCAGGAUGGAUGGUUCAAAGGCACUUCACUGAGAACUGGAAUGUCUGGUGUCUUUCCUGGAAAUUAUGUGACUCCCGUUUCCAGGGCUCCUUUUGGAGCGGCUCAGUCAAAAAACGCAGUGCCAGGAGGCGCUGUCCAAACCAUAAAAGGAAGCUCCCCAUCAGGCCAUUCUGCAAACAGUCUUGUGAACAAUGGAGUGAGACCCAUUCCUCCUGUUGCCAUCUCCCCUGUUCAGCCACAGCUUCACACGUCCAGUCCGCAGAUCAACAACUGCUUGCGUUACUCAGGGCAGCAAACUGUCAACCAAGCCCGCAGUGCAAUGCAGAUGGUCCAUCCUGCUGUUCAAGUGCUUGAACGUCCUACAGCAACUGUACCACCACUAAGAACGCAAAGUCCUCCCACCCGUAUCCCAGCCACUGUGGUGCGACCACAGCCAAUAACCUCACCGCAACACGUCUAUCAAUCCUCUGGAGCUUCUGGUGCUAGACCAACCAUUUCACUCACUUCCGCCGCUGUAGCAAUUACUCCUCCAAAUGUUAAUGCAGCCAACUUGAAUGGGGACACAAUGAGCGGACCGGCGAGUACGUCAGUAACUUCCAGUCCAUCAAAUUCCGCACCUACUGUGCCCAAAUUGGAAGAGCGGAAAAGUGAGAGGAAAGAGAAGAAAAGUGGACUCUUAAAACUUCUGUCAGGAGCAUCAGGAAAGAAGAAAUCUCGCUCACCUCCAUCUGUAUCUCCAACUCAUGAUUCCCAACAGGCAGCAGCAGAGAAUACUAUGCAGGGAGCUGUGGGCCCUGAAGUUCCUCCAGUCUCAAGCCACGGCAGGGCUGGCUCUUGCCCUUUAGAAAGUGAAAUGCAAGGGGCUAUGGGAAUGGAGCCACUCCACAGGAAAACCGGCUCCUUGGAUUCCAACUUUUCCAUUUCUCCACCUACACGGCAGGUGUGCUCUUCCAUGGUUGCAAUACGUCCAGAUCUUAAACCGUUGUCUUGUGAAAGAUAUCGAGUGCUUGUCCCCUAUCCCCCUCAGAGUGAAGCUGAGAUCGAACUCAAAGAAGGUGACAUAGUGUUUGUUCACAAGAAGCGGGAAGAUGGAUGGUUCAAAGGCACGUUACAACGAAAUGGAAGAACUGGUUUAUUCCCAGGAAGUUUUGUGGAAAGCUUCUAAGAAGCCUGAUGCUUACCCAGUGCUGAUCUUCUAUCAUCUGUCUAUCAUGGCUGUUUGGCAUUUAAUACAAGUGGAUAAACAAUGAAGCACAAAGUCACAGCAAACGAGAAUUUACAUCCACUGCCAUUUUGUCACUUCCAAAGAGAUCAAAAAAACCUACCUAAUAAUGGCUGUUCAUUGACAAUACCAUUAUUAUAUAAAGAUGUACAUACAGAAGUAUGUUGAAGCAGUGCCUUCCCCAUGAAGCCACAGACUGAGAGACAAAUACAUUUGCUUUUAAACUAGACUGAAGUACAUUUAUUC